AUGGCUCAAGGCACAAAAGUCAAUGGUCAAGGAGUCCCUUGUGGAACAGAUGGUGGAGCAGCAGAGCGCCAGCGCAAGCAAAGCAAUCAGCAUGGCCGCCUUCGAACAUUCCAGCAAAACAUUUUUGCCCUGUUGGCCGACCCCUCGUAUGAAGCCCUUUUCGACGUUGUUAUUGUAUCAGAGAAUCGAGAGCUACGCGCCCACCAGUGCGUUUUAGCAGCAUGCAGCGAGUACUUCAAACGACUUUUCUGUGGUCCUGAGACGGCCAAGCGCAUUGAGUUCCAACAGCGCUGGCCAGUGGUGCACCAGCUUGUAAGGUGCAUGUACGGAGCAGACAUAGAAGGGGGCACUGAUCCUGAAAUUAUCCUUGAGGUUUUGGCGGAGGCUAGGAACUUAGAAAUAAAUUGCCUUAGCAUGGAUGACUGCCUUUCCCUUAUUGUUGAUCAGCUUUCAGUCCAGAACUGCGCGCGUAUAUUGACUCAUGACGAAGUAGCACAUCAUAAAGAACUCUCUCGCCAAGUGUGCGGAUAUAUUGUGAAGCGCUUUGCCGACGUCGUGCGCGCACCCUCUUCGCGCCAGCAACUACUUCAGAUGCCACGAAACCAGAUUGUCUACAUGGUCCGUGAACUAUGCAGGCGCUGCGACAAUAACAGGGACACCGAUUUGAUUGUCCGUUUCGUCGUCGACUGGAGUUCAUUUGACACUGCGUGCGACCUUCUAAGAGAUUGCAAGCUCUGGGAUUGGGCCGUAGAACCGGGAGCCUUAUCUAUCUUUCGCGAUGAAGAUACACCCUUGGGAGCUGUGCCAUCGAAUCUGCUAAGUGCGGCGCAGUGGCGGAUCAGCAACUUGAAGGCUGCGCUGAGGGAAUCGCUCCCUGCAAAAUUUGUGUGCGGGACAUAUUUUGAUUGGAGCGUUCGCCUUGACGUCGGAGCCGAGAAUAAAUUAAGGAUUGUCUAUGAGUCAGCUAUUGACAGGACCCCAGGGCAGCCGGCGUGCAUCAAAAGGUUUCCUGCUGCUCUAUUCGCUUGGCAGGCCAUUUUUAGGGGAGAAGAUGUAUUCCGCGAACGCCCAGUCUUUAUUUGCUUCCCUGAGCACAUCGGCCUGCACUGGUCGACUACUUUGCAUAUCUCAACUGCGGAUGUUUCGGAGGCCGACGAGCUGACACUAAUGGUGCAAAUGACCGAAAUCCCAUUAGUGUCACUCAUUCUGUAUUACUUCUCAUCGGACCUCAACCAAACUUUGGCGCAAGAAGAUAUCCUCAACCGCUUGCCCCACAUUGAAUACCGCUGCCUAAGCUCUUACACCUUAUUUCAUCAGAAUGCUCCAGCCCUAUCGACGGAUUUCAAAAUCGGGGAAUUCGCUUGCUGUAUUGCUGGCGAUAAGAGCUGGCCUUUUGAUCCACCAUUUGCAGCAAUGCCGGUGCGUCACUGGAAUAAAAUGGGACCUCACGAUACUGCACAGACUUAUCGCAUGGAUAAAUAUUAUGAACUCACACCUCUUCUAGGACAAGUAACGCAAGAACUGAGAGUAUUUCUGAUUCUGCAUAAUAAACUAUUCACUUCAAAGACGGCUGCUACUGCAGGUUGUGUAGGUAGCUGGGCUUUAGACGCUAUUUGCCCUCCUCAUGGGUGA